GCGUGGGAGCCGCGCGGGAAGGCGGCAGCUACGGCUGGCUGCGCUGGCUGCGCUGGAGAUCCCACUCUCCCCACACUUUGGCUGACAUCCUCGGCCCUCAUCUCUGAAGAACUGCCCACCAUGUUUUAUGGGACUCACUUUGUCAUGUCUCCACCCACCAAGAGCAAGCUGAAGCGACAGGGCCAGCUGCUGUCCAACAUGCUGUCCCGGACACUGAGCCACAAGUACCGGGACCUGGACUCUACCCCAUGCAGCCUGGGUGCCAGUGAUGACCCUGCAGAACUGUCCACCCAGCUUUCAGCUCCUGGAGUCCUGAAGGUGUUUGGGGACAAUGUGUGCACAGGCACCCACUACAAGAGUGUCCUGGCCACUGGCAUGUCCAGCGCCCGGGAGCUGGUGAAGGAAGCCCUGGAGCGCUAUGCCCUGGACCCCAAAUGUGCUGGCCAGUACGUGCUGUGUGAUGUCGUGGGUCAGGCUGGGGACCCUGGACAGCGGUGGCAGGCCCAGUGCUUUCGGGUGUUUGGGGACAAUGAGAAGCCCCUCUUGAUUCAGGAGCUGUGGAAACCCCGAGAAGGUUUGUCCAGGAGGUUUGAACUGAGAAAGAGGUCAGAUGUAGAAGAGCUGGCUGCCAAAGAUGUGGAUACCAUCACGGCAGGGAUAAACGCCCAGGCCCGGAGGCUGCAGCGGAUCCGUGCCAAGGGAACCCCGGGCCUGGCCCCAGGAGCUGCCUGCAGCUCCCCUCCACCCGGACUGCGUCGCACAGUCAGCGAGACCAGCCUGAGCCCAUCCACCGGCCUGCCCGAAGCUGCCCAGGGUCCUGAAGAACCUGUCCGGGACACCAUGCGCUGCUCCCUGUUCCAAGCCCCACACCUGCUGCUCCUGCAGGGCUACAGCCAGCAACACGUGAGCUGCCCCAGGGCCCAGAACAUGACCUAUUGGGCCCCUGACUGGGAGAAGGAGGUGGAGGACAGCCUAGUGUACAUGCUCAAUCGGGAGCGGCACACAGUGGGCCAGCGCACACCCUCCAGCAAGCCAAGCAUCAGCCUGGCAGCCCCUGACAUCCUGCCCUUGCACUGCACCAUCCGCCGGUGCCCAGCCCCAGAUGGCAGCCCUAAAGCAUCCAGGCUGGUGCUGGAGCCCAUUGCUGGGGCACCCGUGGCUGUCAACUUCUCCACAGUGAGCCGAGGUGCUGUGGUGCUGCGACAUGGUGACCUGCUUUCUCUGGGCCUCUACUACCUGCUGCUCUUCAAGGACCCUGCACAGGCCCAGGUGCUGCCUGCUGGGGCCCUGGCCCACCUGCGGCCACCACAGAGCUGCAAGACAUGUGGUGCUGCGCUGAGGGCCCACGGUGGUGCCGCCUGCUCACUGGCUGCUUGGCCUAGACAGCGGCGGCUGCUCCUGGAGUUUGAGCCUGAAGUGGAGGAUGCACUGCUGCAGAGGAUCAUGACGCUGAUCGAGCCAGGGGGCGAUGACUACAAGCUGACACCCGCUUUCCUUCUCUGCCUCUGCAUCCAGCACUCGGCCACACACUUUGAGCCCGGCACCUUUGGACGGCUGCUGCUCAAGAUUGCCAGGAAGAUCCGUGACACAGUCUGGGAGAAAACCAAAGAACUAGCAGAGAAGCAGGCCCAACUCCAAGAACCCAUCUCCUGGGCCAGCUUCACCAUGGCUGACCUAGUGCCAGAUCUGCAGCACAUUCUUUUCUGGAUGUCUAACUCCAUCGAGCUCCUGUACUUUAUCCAGCAGAAAUGCCCGCUCUACAUGCAGAGCAUGGAAGAGGAGCUGGAUGUCACAGGUUCCAAGGAGUCGCUGUUCUCCUGCACGCUGACAGCCAGCGAAGAGGCCAUGGCGGUGCUUGAGGAGGUGGUGCUCUACGCCUUCCAGCAGUGCGUGUACUAUCUCUCCAAGUGCUUGUAUGUCUGCCUCCCUGCCCUCCUGGAGUGCCCCCCAUUCCAGACAGAAUGCCGGGAGAGCUGGCAUGGGGCCCCUGCGCUGCCUGAAGAGCUGCGCCGUGUUGUGGCUGUGUACCAGGCCACCUUGGAUCUCCUGCAGCAGCUUCGGGUACACCCAGAGGUGGCCUCCCAGAUGCUCGCCUACCUCUUCUUCUUCUCAGGCACACUGCUGCUCAACCAGCUCCUAGACAGAGGCCCAUCCCUGAGUUGCUUCCAUUGGCCCAGAGGUGUCCAGGCCUGUGCCCGCCUGCAGCAGCUCCUGGAAUGGGCGAGGAGCGCCGGCCUGGGGGUGGCUGGAGAGCGCUUCUUCCGGAAGCUGUCCUGCACCCUGCACCUGCUGGCCACCCCCAGAGCCCAGCUUGUCCAGAUGAGCUGGGCCACCCUGCGGGCCACAUUCCCUGCCCUGAGCCCAGCACAGCUGCAUCGGCUGCUGACCCAGUACCAGCUGGCCUCAGCCAUGGGCCCCAUGAGCGCGUGGGAGCCCGGAGCCCAGGACUGUCCAGAUGCCUUCCAGUCAGAGCACAUCCUGGAGUCCUAUGAAAAGCCCCCACCCAUCAUCCUGCCAAGUGAGGGCUUCCAGGUGGACCUGGAGACUGACUGCCCAGAUGACAGUGUCUACCAGCACCUACUCUACAUCCGACACUUCCUGUGGAGUUUGUGUGGCCCAGCCAGUCCUGGCCGUGGGCCCACCCAGCUGGCCAGUCUUGAGGGCCUGUAUCACACCAUCCCUGAGGGGCACCUGGAGGGUCAGGGCUGCUCCCUGGCUGCCAGGGACCCCAGCAGAGGAGUCCUUGAAGCUGCCCCUGCACAUUCUGCUCCUGGUGCUGCGGCUUCUGGGGCACAGGAGCCCCCAGGGGGACGGCAGCCUGGCCGAGGGGGGCAUAGGAACUCCCAGGCUGGCCUCCUGCACACUGACUCCUCCUGCCUUCUUACACCUCCAGGAACCCCACUGGGCCUCGAGCCUGGGGGCCCUAGCUGGUCUGAGCCUGGUGGCCCCUGUGGGAAAAUGCUUCCUGAAGGGCAAAGGAAUGGGCUAGGCCCCUUGGGUGCAGCUCUAGGAGACACAGUGGCCCCUGUGGAUGAGUCUCCCCUGGACCCCUCAAGUGGCAGCUCCAGCACUGAGGACUUCUGCUAUGUCUUCUCUGUGGAGCUGGAGAGAGGCCCCUUGGGGCUGGGCAUGGGCCUCAUUGACGGCAUGCACACAGCCCUGGGCACCCCAGGGCUCUACAUCCAGACACUGCUUCCAGGCAGUCCUGCAGCAGCUGAUGGGCGGCUAUCAUUGGGAGACCGAAUCCUAGAGGUGAACGGCACCAGCCUGAUGGGUGUCAGUUACAUGAGAGCUGUGGACCUGAUCCGGCACGGGGGCAAGAAGAUGCAGUUUUUGGUUGCCAAGUCUGAUGUGGAAACAGCCAAGAAAAUCUGCUAUCGCACACCCCCACCCUAACUGGAAAUCCGGAAGUCCCCACCUCCAGCACCCUGGUCCGCCAGGCGCCCCCCAGGCUUCCAAGCUAUCCAUCAUCUGGUUUCUAAUUGCCCCAGUGAGUUACUGUGUGGUGGCCUCACUAGGACAUGCCUGUUCAUAAUGUACAUCUCUUGAAAUAUUUUAUUUAUAUGACACACUAAGAGGUAAUGUUUCUUACAGAGUUUUUAUGUGUAAAGACUUUAACAGAGAAGUAUAGAGUCAAUAAACUAUCUUUCCUAUCCUC